CGCUGACGUCAUCACGCUGCGCUCCCAUCACUCGAGAGUGUCGGUGUAGAAGAGGUGCUGAGAGCUGAACGACAGUCGGCGGCUCUUAAUUUCACUGCGGUUUUUGAUUAUUUUGCGGCGUUAUUUGGACUUUUUUCGUGGUUUACGAAGCCGUUGGGAAACCUCCUGGAGCGUCUGACGCUCCGGAGCGAGAUUUCGGUCGAAAGCUGAGUCGUCGUCGUGUGGCUAGCUGUACCGCAGCCGUCAGUUGUGCUCAGGCCGGGGCUGGUGACCUGCUGCUGGGCGAAGAGGAGUCUGGGGACCACCGGCGAACCGACCACCAAAGGUUUUGGGCACGGAGAACCGGCUCAGGCUGUGCUGGAGGAGCAACAGGAAGGAGGGAGUGAUCCAGCUGUGGCCUCACCAGGCAGAAUCAAUGCCAAGGCUUUCCCCUCCUCAGACAGUCUAGCCAAGGUGCAGGAGGUAGCAAGCUGGCUUUUGGAGAUGAACCAGGAUCUGCUGUCGGGGGGCAGCAGGCGGCGGCGGCCAGGGGGCUCCGCACGAGGUAACACCUCCUCGGCACGGGUUACCCACGAGACGGGCGAAGACGGCGAGGAGGAAGAGCACAUGGAUCGGGUGGUGGAAGAGGAGCAGCAGCAGCUGCAGGGUGGAGCCGAGGCUGAGGGGCCCUGGGGCCCUACAGAGAGUGGCAGUGGAAGCAGUAGUAGUAGCAAUGGGCAGGAAGCAGCUGAUCAGGAGAAUGAGGAGCAUGAGGAAAGCCAGGUGAACGGUGAGGAUAGUUGUAGGAAGGGGGCCCACUGGAUGUGGUCCCAGGAGCCAGAGCAGCAAGGGGAGAGAGGAGAUGAAAACAGUGGCUGUCAGGCUGCCCAGGACCAGUCAGGGGAUGACUGUCGGUGCCGUAGACACGAGGAGGAGGACGAGGAGGAGAUGGAUCAGGACAGCGACGACUUUGAGCAUUCAGAGGACAGUGGCCAUGAGGAAGAGGAGGAGGAGGAGGAGGAGGAGGAGGAAGAACGGGACAUUCGGCUGCACUCCUCCACACUCAGGAACAAUGUUUUGGACCCAAAUGACAAUGUGGACAUGUCUCUGGAGCAGCACAGAGUCCGGUCCUCACUUCUCAAGACCAAGAUGAAGAGAAAGUUGGACCAUGGCCCAGAGGUCCGAUCUUUCCCUUCUGGAAAAAAACCCUGCAAAGGCUCAGAGUACCCAAGUCCAACAGGGCUUGUUCCAUACCCAGCCACACCCACUACGUUUGGGGACCUGAGAGCAGCCAAUGGACAGGGGCAGCAGCGGCGGCGCAUCCCUUCAAUCCCACCUCCUACUGGACUCCAAGAAUGGCUGAGAACCUUUCAGAGCUGGAGCGGACCAGAGAAGCUGUUGGCACUCGAUGAGCUCAUCGACAGCUGCGAGCCCACGCAGGUGAAGCACAUGAUGCAGGUGAUCGAGCCACAGUUCCAGCGUGACUUCAUCUCCCUGCUGCCCAAAGAGCUGGCUCUCUACGUGCUGUCCUUCCUGGAGCCCAAGGACCUGCUGCAGGCAGCACAGACCUGUCGCUACUGGCGCAUCUUAGCAGAGGACAACCUGCUGUGGAGGGAGAAAUGCAGGGAGGAAGGUAUCGACGAGCCGCUGCAUGUCAAGAGGAGGAAAGCAAUCAAGCCUGGUUUCACACACAGCCCCUGGAAGAGCGCCUACAUCAGGCAGCACCGCAUAGACACCAACUGGCGGAGAGGAGAUCUUAAACCACCAAAGGUGCUGAAAGGUCAUGAUGACCAUGUGAUCACCUGCCUUCAGUUCUGCGGCAACCGCAUUGUGAGCGGUUCAGAUGACAAUACGCUCAAAGUGUGGUCAGCGAUCACAGGGAAGUGCCUGCGGACACUGGUGGGUCACACAGGAGGCGUCUGGUCCUCCCAGAUGAGGGAUAACGUGGUCAUCAGCGGCUCCACAGACCGUACGCUCAAGGUGUGGAAUGCUGAGACAGGCGAGUGCAUUCAUACGCUAUACGGCCACACGUCCACAGUGCGCUGCAUGCAUCUCCACGAGAAAAGGGUGGUGAGCGGCUCUCGGGAUGCCACGCUGAGGGUGUGGGACAUUGAGUCGGGCCAGUGUCUGCAUGUCCUCAUGGGCCAUGUGGCGGCUGUGCGUUGCGUCCAGUAUGACGGCCGCCGGGUGGUCAGCGGUGCCUACGACUUCAUGGUGAAGGUGUGGGACCCUGAAACAGAGACCUGCCUACACACGCUUCAGGGACAUACCAACAGGGUGUACUCGCUCCAGUUUGAUGGCGUGCACGUGGUUAGCGGGUCACUGGACACGUCGAUCCGUGUGUGGGACGUGGACACAGGGAACUGCAUCCAUACGCUGACGGGCCACCAGUCACUCACCAGUGGGAUGGAGCUCAAAGACAACACUCUGGUGUCCGGCAAUGCUGACUCCACUGUCAAGAUCUGGGACAUCAAGACGGGCCAGUGCCUGCAGACGCUGCAAGGUCCCCAUAAACACCAGAGUGCUGUGACAUGCCUGCAGUUCAACAAGAACUUCGUCAUCACCAGCUCGGACGAUGGCACCGUCAAGCUGUGGGACCUGAAGACAGGCGAAUUCAUCCGCAACCUGGUGACACUGGAAAGCGGUGGGAGUGGCGGCGUCGUGUGGCGGAUUCGUGCCUCUAACACAAAGUUGGUGUGUGCUGUGGGCAGCCGCAAUGGGACAGAGGAAACCAAGCUGCUUGUGCUGGACUUCGACGUGGACAUGAAAUGAAAGCCAGGGGGUGGGCGGCGGGGGGGUGACGGAACGCCCCAUGCUGCCCCCACCCCACCCCCAGCAGGGGGGCACAGCUGGCCGUGGGAGCUCCUCAGUUACUCGGUCAGGGAGCGUAGAGUGGCUUUGUCUGUUCGUGCCUGGACCAGCCUUCAGGAUGAGCUCGUGAACAAGCCCACCGCUUAAUGGAGUCACUUGUUGAAUAAAUAUGUUGAAAAGGAUUGUCAUGAAACGGUAAAUAGUGUAUAAAAAAAGUAGAAUGUUUUACGACGGACUAAAGCUAGUUCCUGCGGGAAAGUACUACAAGACAAGGCCAAUAAUCCCAUAGUUUCAAACCAGGGAGCAACUGCCUCACACCUUUUUGUCUGUCUUCAUUUUUUUUAUUUGUCUUUUGUUUCCUGGUUUGAAUGCUACAUAUAGAAAUGCAUACUGUGAAACUUUACUCUGCCUCCGUGAGCUCUGCAGAUGGCCACAAGCAGUCACAGUAUUAACCCGUCUCUCUUGUCUGUCCGCUCGCUCUGUGUUUUUGUUCAAGUUCCCAGUCCAGUUUUGGCUCUUCUCUGUGGGGAAUCGGGUUGAUUCCCUCUGUCCCGAGAGCAUGGCUCUAUGGGUAGCGGUGCUCUGGCGGUGCUCUGCAGGGGGUCCCCAAACACGGGUGGGAACUGAGCUCCAUCCUAGUGCUGCGUUCCCAGUGGGCAAACUGGAUUUAUGCUGCUAAAAAGAAUGGAAAAGGUGGAACUUUUUUUUUUUUUUUUUUUUUUUUUUUUUAAAAUGAAUUGCUGUGACGUUUUAGUCCCAGACUAAAUUUUCAAAUCUACUCUAGUUUGGACUUUUUAAGGUAAGGAACAUUGAAAAAAGAAAUUACCUUUUAGCCACUGAAACUUGAGCCAAGUGUGCCUCUAAGAGGCUGAAAGCAGGAUGGUUAGAAUGGGGGUUUACCUGCGGCAAAGGUGGCUGUGUGUGUGUGUGUGUGUGUGUGUGUGUGUGUGUGUGUGGGGGGG